AUGCCUCCUGUCUCCGGCGCCGCACCACUGCUUGCCUGCUUCGCCACCCGGAGUAACCAUGGCGAUAGCGCUUUCGACAGGACCCCAUCAAGUACUAUUGGUCAUAUAAGAAGCGUCUGCGUCGGUACUUCAUUAUCGCAUUUACCGCGUGUUGCCUUCCCAGCGAUAAUCGGGUUCACUUGUGUCAUGCUGGCUUUGACCAAGACUUGA